CUCCGAAACCACUAACUAUUCGCUUUUUCUCUCUAUCAUUUCUCUAUCGCUCUCCUCGUAAUCUCAGUCUCGCUCUACUUUUCUCCAAUGGCUUCAGACAAGAAGAUCAAGAUCGGAAUCAACGGAUUUGGAAGGAUCGGUCGUUUGGUGGCUAGGGUUGCUCUUCAGAGGAACGAUGUUGAGCUUGUUGCUGUUAACGAUCCCUUUAUCACCACUGAUUACAUGACCUACAUGUUCAAGUUCGAUUCCGUACACGGACAAUGGAAGCACCAUGACGUCAAGGUCAAGGACUCCAAGACCCUUCUCUUCGGCGAGAAGGCCGUCACUGUUUUUGGACACAGAAACCCGGAGGAAAUCCCGUGGGGUGAAACCGGAGCCGAUUUCGUCGUCGAGUCGACUGGAGUUUUCACUGACAAGGACAAGGCAGCAGCCCACUUGAAGGGUGGUGCAAAGAAGGUUAUAAUCUCUGCGCCAAGUAAGGAUGCACCCAUGUUUGUUGUUGGUGUCAAUGAGCACGAGUACAAGCCAGAGUUGGACAUUGUUUCCAAUGCUAGCUGCACCACCAACUGCCUUGCUCCCUUGGCCAAGGUCAUCAACGACAAGUUUGGAAUUGUUGAGGGUCUCAUGACCACCGUGCACUCCAUCACUGCUACUCAGAAAACUGUCGACGGCCCAUCAUCGAAGGACUGGAGAGGUGGAAGAGCUGCUUCCUUCAACAUCAUUCCCAGCAGCACUGGAGCUGCCAAGGCCGUUGGAAAAGUUCUGCCAGCUCUUAAUGGUAAGCUGACUGGAAUGUCCUUCCGAGUUCCUACGGUGGAUGUCUCAGUUGUUGAUCUCACCGUCAGGAUUCAGAAGGCGGCAACCUAUGAGGAGAUCAAGGAUGCCAUCAAGGAGGCGUCUGAAGGCAAGCUGAAGGGUAUUUUGGGUUACACUGAAGAAGAUGUUGUGUCUACUGAUUUUGUUGGUGACAGCAGGUCAAGCAUUUUUGAUGCCAAGGCUGGAAUUGCAUUGAACAGCAACUUUGUGAAACUUGUGUCUUGGUACGACAACGAGUGGGGCUACAGUUCCCGUGUGGUUGACUUGAUCUGCCACAUUGCAUCCGUCAGCAAAUAAACUAUACCUUUUGAAGAUUCAAGGCUUCUCUUUUCCCCGUUUUGGUCGAGUUUAAAGGUUUUAGUUGUCGGUGUUCUAAGUUUGGAGUUUUGAAUAAGCAAUGAGGCCUAUCAUGUAAUGUGGUAGUUAGAAUUUUAUAAUUUUGAUGUAAACAAUUACAUGGUCUUCAUAUGAAAUUUAUGGAAAGGUGGCUUUCUCUUACUUGUAUUUUA